GGAAAGGCGGCGGGGCGGAGCUGGGGCUGAGGGGGGCUGAGGGGACGGCGGUCGCCAUGGACCUGGCGGCGGCAGCGGCGAGCGGAGGGGCGGCAGCGGCGGCGCCUCAGCAGCUGCGGGAUGAAGUUGCCGAGAAGUGCCAGAAGCUGUUCCUGGCCUUCCUGGAGGAGUUCCAGAACAGUGAUGGGGAAGUCAAAUACCUGCGUGAUGCUGAAGAACUGAUUCGGCCAGAGCGGAACACGCUGAUCGUCAGCUUUGUGGAUUUGGAGCAGUUCAACCAGCAGCUCUCUACCACUGUUCAGGAGGAAUUUUACAGGGUUUAUCCUUAUCUUUGCCGAGCAGUAAAGACUUUUGCCAGAGACCAUGGAAAUGUGCCUUCAAACAAGGACUUCUAUGUUGCCUUCCAAGAUCUGCCUACGAGGCACAAAAUUCGAGAACUGACAUCAGCAAAAAUUGGCUCUCUGAUGCGUAUCAGUGGACAGGUGGUACGUACCCACCCAGUUCAUCCUGAGCUUGUAAGUGGAACCUUCCUGUGCCUGGACUGUCAGACAGUGAUAAAAGAUGUGGAACAGCAAUUUAAAUAUACGCAGCCAAACAUCUGCAGAAACCCGGUCUGUGCCAACAGAAGGAGAUUCCUGCUGGACACAAACAAAUCAAGAUUUGUUGACUUCCAAAAGGUCCGCAUUCAGGAGACGCAGGCUGAGCUGCCACGAGGCAGCAUUCCUCGCAGCGUCGAGGUGAUCUUGCGUGCAGAAGCAGUGGAGUCUGCCCAGGCAGGUGACAAAUGUGACUUCACAGGAUCACUGAUUGUCGUGCCUGACGUGGCUCAGCUCUCAACACCAGGAGUGCGCGCGGAAACCAGCUCCCGGCUUAGCGGGACAGAGGGCUACGAAACCGAAGGCAUCCGAGGACUUCGUGCCCUUGGAGUCAGAGAACUGUCCUAUAAACUAGUCUUUCUAGCCUGUUAUGUCGCACCAACAAAUCCACGGUUUGGUGGAAAAGAGCUCCGAGAUGAGGAACAGACUGCAGAAAGCAUCAAAAAUCAAAUGACCGUGAAAGAAUGGGAAAAGGUGUUUGAAAUGAGCCAAGAUAAGAACCUGUAUCAUAAUCUGUGUACCAGCCUCUUUCCCACUAUCCAUGGUAAUGAUGAAGUGAAACGUGGGGUCCUGCUGAUGCUUUUUGGAGGAGUCCCUAAGACCACUUCUGAAGGCACUUCAUUGCGUGGGGACAUCAAUGUUUGUGUUGUUGGCGAUCCAAGUACAGCCAAGAGUCAAUUUCUAAAGCACGUGGAUGAAUUCAGUCCUCGCGCUGUAUACACCAGCGGAAAAGCCUCCAGUGCUGCUGGUCUAACAGCAGCUGUUGUAAAAGACGAAGAGUCACAUGAAUUUGUCAUUGAAGCUGGAGCACUGAUGUUGGCAGAUAAUGGUGUAUGUUGCAUUGAUGAAUUUGACAAAAUGGACUUGCGGGAUCAAGUAGCUAUCCAUGAAGCAAUGGAGCAGCAGACGAUAUCCAUUACUAAAGCCGGAGUAAAGGCUACCUUGAAUGCCAGGACCUCUAUUUUAGCAGCAGCAAACCCAGUUGGUGGGCGCUAUGAUAGAUCCAAGUCAUUGAAACAGAAUAUAAACUUAUCUGCUCCCAUCAUGUCUCGGUUUGAUCUCUUCUUCAUUCUUGUGGAUGAAUGUAAUGAGGUAACAGAUUAUGCCAUUGCCAGACGUAUAGUGGAUCUGCAUGCCAGAGUAGAAGAAUCUGUCGAUCGUGUGUAUUCAUUAGACGAUAUCAGAAGGUAUCUGCUGUUUGCAAGACAGUUUAAACCAAAGAUAUCCAAGGAGUCCGAGGACUUUAUAGUGGAGCAGUAUAAACGGCUACGGCAGCGCGAUGGCUCUGGAGUGACGAAGUCAUCCUGGAGAAUCACAGUGCGGCAGCUGGAAAGCAUGAUUCGGCUCUCUGAAGCUAUGGCCCGUAUGCACUGCUGUGAUGAGGUUCACCCAAAGCAUGUGAAGGAAGCUUUCAGGCUUUUAAAUAAAUCCAUCAUUAGAGUUGAGACUCCUGACAUCAAUUUAGAUCAAGAAGAUGAGCAGCAAAUGGAGGAUCAAGAAGACCAAGAUGGAGUCAAUGGUGCAGCAGAAGCUCCGGCUGGGGUCAAUGGUCUUGUGAACGGGAUCAAUGGCCUUCCAGAGGACACGAACAAGGAUGCUGCACCCAAAGCUUCUCUUAGGCUGGGCUUCUCUGAAUACCGACGAAUUUCUAAUCUUCUUGUGCUGCACCUCAGGAAAGCAGAGGAGGAAGAGGACGAUUCAUCAUUAAAGAAGAGCGAACUUAUUAAUUGGUAUCUAAAGGAAAUUGAAUCUGAGAUAGAAUCUGAAGAAGAACUAAUAAAUAAAAAGAAGAUCAUAGAGAGAGUCAUUCACCGACUUACACGUUAUGACCACAUUCUGAUAGAGCUGUCUCAGUCAGGCCUGAGGGGUUCCAGAGAAGAGGAGACUUUUGAUGAAGACCCAUACCUGGUUGUAAACCCAAACUAUCUGCUGGAAGACUGAAGGCGGAGAUCUGGAUUGUAGAACAGACUCAAGACUAGUUACGUGUUGGAAAACGCGUUCUUUUAUGCAUUAUUGCAAUGGUUGAUACAUAGCUAACCGAUUCAUAUGAAUGCUUUACUGUGUAACGCAUCAAUAUGCAAUUAAUAAUAUAUGAUUGAUUAUAGACACUGAGCGUACCUGAAAAUUUUUUAAAGAAAUGCCAUGUAUUAAUUUCAUUUUUAAUUCUGUUUUCACUGCCAUGGUCCAGAUGCAGAGGAGGGUCAUUCAAUAGCUCUUUUUAUCAUCAAGCUAUGUAGAUGCUUCUGUUUUAAAGGGGGGGGAUUUUGUUCUAUUCAUUGUUCUUAUUGUAUUUGGUAAACUUUUUAUACUGUAGAUUUUAAAUGUUUUUCUUAUUAACAUAAAUAAAGGAUCAUUAAAUGUC